ACUCGGCAAGCUGGAGGAAGCAGGGGGAAAUCUCCAUUUAAAAGCGCAGCUUUCCUCCAUGUUAGAUGUGAGGUGGAAAAUGGGAAAGAUUUAGCAAAAUUCCUCCGUGCCUUCAGCCAGGCUGGAGAGGGCGAGAGCAGAGUGAAACCCUCRGGCUGCUGAAAUUUCUGAGGUGUGGGGAAGCCUCUAGAAUUCUACGGGAAAGAGCGUCUCCUAAGUGGAACUGAUAGGGAAGAGGAAUAGACCCUUUUAAUAAUUCCCCUUUUAAUAAUUCCCCCAAGUGUGUGCUCCCUUACUUUACUAGAAUGGUAAGCAACAGGGCAUCCGCGCGCCUCGGACAUGCCUGCAUGAUCCAAGGUAGCCAAAGUAAGGCAGGGUAAACUCCAGCCUGGCGCUCACUUCCCACCGCUUCAUGUGCUUUGGAGGAAGCAGCAGCAGCAGCAGCAGCAGCUGGAGCCGCAAGAAUGAACUGCAAAGAGGGAAAUGACAGCAGCUGCAGUUGCAGUGGCAACGAAGAGAAAAAGAUGCUGAAGUGUGUGGUGGUUGGGGACGGUGCCGUGGGGAAAACCUGCCUGCUGAUGAGCUAUGCCAAUGAUGCCUUCCCCGAGGAGUACGUGCCCACUGUGUUUGACCACUAUGCAGUUACAGUGACCGUGGGAGGAAAGCAGCACCUGCUCGGACUCUAUGACACUGCAGGACAGGAGGACUAUAAUCAGCUGAGGCCGCUCUCCUACCCCAACACCGAUGUGUUUUUGAUCUGCUUCUCGGUUGUAAAUCCUGCCUCUUACCACAAUGUCCAGGAGGAAUGGGUGCCGGAGCUGAAGGACUGCAUGCCUCAUGUGCCUUACGUMCUCAUAGGGACCCAGAUUGAUCUCCGCGAUGACCCCAAAACCUUGGCCCGCCUGCUAUAUAUGAAGGAGAAGCCGCUCACUUACGAGCAUGGAGUGAAGCUUGCAAAAGCGAUCGGAGCACAGUGCUACUUGGAAUGCUCAGCCCUGACUCAGAAGGGUCUCAAAGCGGUUUUUGAUGAAGCCAUCCUGACCAUUUUCCACCCCAAGAAAAAGAAGAACCGCUGCUCAGAAUGUCGCGGCUGCUGUUCCAUCAUCUGAAGCUGCUGGAGACUCGCCUCCACCCCACCCCAGGGUGCAACAGCAGCCAAUCUCUGGCACCCAGCUCCAUCCAAAAAGGAGGGCGGGACCAGAAAUGAAUUCCCUUGCACCAAGGCCGCCCCACCUGUGAGCUCCCCAGCACAGCCUCCCAGUCAACCAACUGCCAUGUCCCCAGUCCCCGGUGCCCGGUCCCCCAUCCCGGCCAGAAGCACCCACGCCGCACCCCGACGUUAAAGCGGAGCCGGAUUUCAGACAGUGUCGCUGCCGAACUCGUGGGGAACAGUCAAGGGCCAUCUCGCCCUCCACCUGCCGCUGCCACAAGCACAAAGCUGAUGGGAGAGGAGGAGCUCAGUUCCCGAAUUGGUGGCCUUACAUCUUUUACAAAACUCGGGAAUAUUAAAAAAAAAAAAAACAACGUUUUCUUCUGAAUCUGCUGUUUUACCCAUCGUGUUACGUUCCUUUUGCAUUAUUUCAAGAAAUUUCCUAAUUUUUUUUUCAAUUCACUCAGGCCUUACAAAUCCAUACCAAAGCAGCCUAAAGGCAAGAUGGUUGAUGUUCGCUUCUAUUUUCAGCAUGUUUCUACCAAAGUCAUUGGAACCAACAUGUACCUCUGAAUGCCUGAUUAUAAGAGAACUUUAAAUUUUUCAAAAUUUUACAGAGCAAUACCUUUUGAGGAAAAAAAAGAAAACACCAUCUGAAUUAUUUUGCAGAUCCACAUUUUUGGCCAAAAAUUCACUGUAAAAGGGCUUGCGUUGAUAAGUGAACUGCUUUUUUCCACCUACUAUUGCCAGCCAGGGCAAACUAAAAAUGAACUGAGUUAAGAAAGAAGUAAUUCUGCUUUCCCUCCAAAUGGCAUGAAGGAAGGGUAUGGCAGAACCCAUCUUUUCAAAUAUUAAGCAAAAUGGACUUCCCUGCUUCCUGCUCCCCUCCACCAUUGCAUGUUCUUUUCCUCCUUGAUUUGACACUUUCUCCUGUGCCCAAUUCCUUUGUUCUUCCCAGUCGUAACCUGACCUAAAAGAAAGAGCUGGACAUUGGACAUGAAAAAGCAAGUGUUUCAAAAAUCUCCUGGUUCAAGCAAAGUGCCUCGAUUUUUCCACUUGCUUAGACAGACCGAAGGUGCUUCUAGCUUGCACUAUGGAUGCUCCUGUUCCAUUUAAAUGACAUUUUCCAGUUACAGCAGGCAGUAAAUUACUGCCUCUCUCUCUCCAUAUUCAUUAUUCUAAAAGUUUGUCUAGGAACCAGGUUUGUGAAUACCGAGCUCUGAAUCCUUUUUCCAAAUGAUGCAUUCCAAGGACUUUGGCUUAGGAGAAGAAAAAGCUCGCAGUAGGGGGAUCUUGUGACCUUCCUAUAUGACAAUUCCAAACAUCCAGAAAUUCUUGCGUCACAGGGAGCUACUUCCUCCCUUUUAAAUAGAGAAUAAGAUGGCUUCUAAUUAGUCUUAUUUGCUUUCAUGUGCCCUGGAAUAACCCAGGUAAUCACUUGAUCAUUUUAUAUUAUUGCAUAAGCGAAGCCUGUUUUUGCAGUAUGAAAUAUGUCAAAUUUUUUUUCAUAUUCAAGCUGUUGAAAAAAUCCAGUGUUUCUGUCCCUUCUGCUCCUAGAAGAACCACAUAGAAAAGAAUUGUAUUAUGAGUCUUUUCUCUUAAGACCUUUCAUGAUACCCCUUCAGUCUUUUGUUUUUAUUGGUUAACUGGUUAGUUAGUUUAGAAUUUCUGAAAUGUGUUUUCCUUUCUUCCACAUUGCAAAUGCUAUUUUUUCUUUUCUCCCAUCUAAUUGCUAGCAUUUUCUUAAA